AAUAUAACCAUGCAGAAACUUUAGCUAAAUAGAACAGACCUAAGGUUUACGUGGAUUCACGAUACGUUAGCAAUGGUUAAAAACACGGCGAUUUUCUUGUAGAUUUUUCAUUUUCACAAGAAAAUGCUUGAGUAUAUUUUUAUCAAAAUUUGAGUGAACCGGGGUCUUCUCAACAUUUAUCGAAUAUUCAAGUUCAUUCUCCUUACAUUCGACUAUAAGUGGUCAAUUUGUUAUAGCUCUUUUUUGUGCAAAAUAAUUACAGCGGCUGUUUUCUUGAUUCAACCGGAAAUCUGAUUAUUUACAGAAUAAUCAAAAUUAGCAUUAUUUCACUGACAACUGCAGACACUUAUAUAUGAAAGGUCGGCUUGAAACGGGAUAAAGAGAUACCAAGAAACUAAACAAAGCAUUCGCAAAGUAGAUAAUCCCGUGAAGCAAUAUGUGCUCGAAUCUACGUAACUGGCCAGUCUUCAGUUCACUGGAGCCAAAAUUUAUUUCCGAGAUUCACAUAGUUAUGAUAUUUGGUGAAUUGGGUAAAAUGGCCUUAAUUGUAACAAAGGAUAAGAAAGUAUACCUGAUGAAUGACAAUCUCCAUGCUUUGGAGAGCAGAGACAAAAGCUCUACUAUGUUAUAUCUGAAGGAGAUUAAGGAUUUGUGUGGAAAAGAUAUAAAGACGUUUGCGUAUGGCAGGGGAUCUCACAUGUUGGCACUCACGAAUGGAGGAGAGUCUAGUUUGUGCAAACUGAUCAUUCGCUCGAGUUCCUCCUACCACAGUGUAUGAUUACAACAUGUGAUUACAAGCUUCACAAAGCAUAGUCAUUUCAUUCACCACCGUAGAUGGACUGUAAAGUAUAGUGACAUCACAACUUGCUUAUGAAGUUAUUGUAUAUUCGUGUGACAACAUUGGUCAAUUGAAGAAUGAAACAUUUAAUAUGGAUCUUACAUUUACUUUAAUAAACAUCCCUACUAUUCAAGACAGUCAGAACAUGAAGCAUGGACAUCGCAUGCGGCAAUAAACAUUCCAUCAUUCUAACUAAUAAUGAUGAAGUGUAUGCCUGGGAAUCAAAUAAUAGUGGACAGGUGGGUAUCUAUGGAUUUCCUAAGCUCAUUUUGUCUGAUGUUGGUUGUAUCUCCUGCGGUGAUAAUUUCACCAUGGCUGUUAAAAAAAAUGGCAAGGUAUAUGGUUGGGGCAGUAACGACGUUGGCCAAUUAGGGAUAGGCACUUAUGAGAAUGAAAAUAUGAAACCGCAGUUGUUGAUUGGUGUACCGGGAAGCCUUAUUGUAGACAAGGUAACUUGCGGAUCAAAUCACACGCUGGUGCUCACAGACAAAGCGACUAUCUACGCCUGGGGUGGAAACAAAUUCGGCCAGUUGGGGUUCGGCCUCCAGUCGGAGUUCUGUACACCAAACAUGAUCGCUCAAACGGAAGAGAUCAGAUGGGUCGACAUUGCGGCUCUGCACAAUAUUAGCAUCGCUGUCACUGAAACAGGACGGUUCUAUGUUUGGGGUGAUUGCCGCGGUGAAUGCAUCUCGAUCCCAAUCGCCACUUCAUCCUUCAAUGUGCACGACACCUUUGCGCACUACGGGCCGAGCAUUAUGCACAAACCGUUGAUUCUGAACGAAAAACUGGAUAUAUUAGGAUGCUUGGGAAUUGCAUUCGACGAUUCUUCAACAAGCGAUCUCAAAAUACAAGUGGACGACAAAUGUAUCCAUGUGCACAAGAUUAUCUUGACAAUUUGCUCUUCACACUUCAGAAAUAUGUUUGCGCAUGAUUGGGCAGAAAACAACCAAAGUGUCAUCAAGGUUGAUAAAAUUUCCCAUGACGUCUACAAAGCAUACCUGAAGUAUUUAUAUACCAAUACAAUCGAUUUAUAUCUUAUAAAUACCUUUGAGAAGGUAUCAGAACUUUUUGAUUUGGCCAAUGCUUAUUAUGAGGAUAACCUCAAGAAGCAGUGCAUUUAUAGAAUAAAGCAAGAAAUUACUGUAUCAAAUGUCGUCUACUUUUAUAACUUUGCAGUGAAAUAUGAAACAGAGGAGCUGAGAGAAUUCUGCGUCCGCUUUGCCGUUAUUCAUAUGAGAGCUGUGGUGAAAACAGAAAAUUUCGCCAAGCUUGAGGACGAUAAAUUGAUGAAUAGAUUUAUAAAUGAAGUAAGCAAAGCUGGCUGCUUCAAACAUUAAUUCCGUUUAUUUUCUUUAACAAGAUAAUGCAACUCAACGAGAAAUGGAUGGAAAUUAUCGGUAUGUUUGUUGCUACAUAAAAACUCAUUAUAUAUUUUAUAGUUGCAUAUUCUGAUGAAAUAUUUGGACAAUUCUUUUUCUCGGUGAGUCAAUUGUAUCGCUAUUAGGUGUGCGUUCAGGAAUUACGCUCAGAAAACUCUAGUUCACUUUUGCCAUAAUUUACGUAAAGUGAAUUAUAGCAAACAGUUAUCUAAGAAUAUUUCUUGAUCGUACCCUGAUAUUUUGUGUAAGUGAUAAAUGCACCUGAUUGCGUUCAGUCGGUCAAACUAUUUUGCGCAUUCUAAUUCAUGCGAGAGAUUCUUUUGUCAAUUUCGAAGAGUGGAGAUAUUGUGAUCUUGCAAUGGUAACUGAGAUUAACUUAGAAUUUGCGAAAACAAAUGAAAACAAAAACUCGCUGAGAGAAAUCAAUCUCGUGCUUGCAACAGUGCUGUUAUCUGCAUAACGAAUUUAUUAACGACCAAGUAUGUGUGAAUGAUUGCGAGAAUGUUUACAAAUUUUUUCUAUUUUUUAAAAAAUCAUUUUUAUGAUAUAGCAUAUUGGUGUUUACCAUUAGCGAUCACGUUAACUUCUCACCAAUUUUGUUUAUCAGUUUGCAAGCUUUGUAAAAUAUUGAUAAGCACGUACAUGCAAAAUAAAAAUUUCUAACUUUUCCUAACAAUA